CGGGUGUCGUAAAGAGCAAAGAGGCUGGUGUUGAAAAGAGUCGAAACAGAGCCCAUUGUGGUGUUGGAGAGGAGUGAGCAGCUGCUGGGAGAACAAGAAAAGAGCAAAUUCCGUAACCAUAACGGGACUCACAAUAAGCGGACAGAGAUGGUCGUUGAAGCGCAACACGGACGCCGUUGUGCUUUGUGAGGAGGACCGCGUCGUCCGGACGGAAAGAUCCGGUAUACGAAGAGUUAAGACUCGACAUCCCAACUGUUUAUUUCAGCAGCUAGCAGGCUAGCUGGCUAGAUACCUAAGAGCUAGAAAUGGGAAGCCCGUGUGAGUCGGUUUGAUAGAGAUCUUCGUCGAGCUUUGAAGAAGCAGCUCUCGGCUUCAGAUACUGUCGGCGGUGAUUUAAAGUAUCCGUCGGCCGCCUCGUAAGUAGCUGCAACUUUGAAGAAUGAUAUCAACUGAGCGCUAACCAUUUCACUACUACAGCCCCGGAGAGGGAAAAGUCAUACAGGACUGCUGGCGCAAGUUUGCUCACAAACAUCAGGAAGAGAGAACAUGAAGCACUGGCCACUGCCAGAGCCUGGCACAGAGCAGCUGUGCCAACCUCGCCCCUGCCUGCCACUUUAGGAGCUACCCGUUUGCACCAUGACGGAGAGGCAUUGAGGUUAGCUCCCUGACGAUCAUCUCAAUACCUCUCCUCCUCCCUAUCCCUCAAUACCCCCUGCCCCGUCCCCAUCAUGCUGCGCUUCUUGCCUCUCAAACUUGGCCGCCUGUACCGCUGUCUGAAGCUCCUGUUGGUGGUGGGAUUGUUUGUCAUCUUGUUGAUGAACACCCACAACCUGUUCGCCUCCUUCCAGAAGAAUGAGCUCACUGACAGACGAUUCAUCAACCUCAACAAGUGUCCCGCCUGCUUUGGCACCAGCUGGUGCCGCAAGUUCAUGAACGGCCAGGUUUCGUUUGAGACAUGGGGUCGAUUGCGAUUUCUAGACGUUUUCAAUGUCAAGAAUGUUUACUUCGCACAGUACGGCGAACCUAGAGAGGGCACUCGCCGCGUGGUGCUGAAACGGCUCGGUUCAAACCAGGAGCUGGCCGAGAUAGACCAGAAAAUCUGCAAGAGGGCCACAGGCAGGCCGCGUUGUGACCUCAUUCAGGCAAUGUACAAGACUGAAUUUGCCCGGAUCAACGGUGAUGUUCGCCUGCUCACUCCAGAGGUGGUGGAGGGCUGGUCAGACCUUGUGCACUGCCCCUCUCAAAGACUGCUAGACCGCGUGGUCCGCAGGUACGCUGAGACCAAGGACUCAGGCAGCUUUCUGCUAAAGAACCUCAAGGACACGGAGAGAAUGCAGCUGCUGAUGACAUUGGCAUUCAACCCGGAACCACUCGUACUACAGAGCUUUCCGUCAGACGAAGGGUGGCCAUUCGCCAAGUACCUGGGAGCGUGUGGGCGCGUGGUUGCCGUCAACUAUGUGGGCGAGGAGCUGUGGAGCUUCUACAACGCGCCGUGGGAAAAGAGGGUAGAUUUAGCGCGCCAGCUGAUGGACAUUGCCGAGCAACUCACCAACAAUGACUUUGAGUUUGCCCUCUACCUGCUCGACGUCAGCUUUGAUAACUUUGCGGUCGGCCCACGUGAUGGAAAAGUCAUCGUUGUUGACGCUGAGAACGUUCUUGUGGCAGACAAAAGGCUGAUCAAGCAGAACAAGCCAGAAAGCUACGACGUGUGGUAUGAGAGCCGUUUUGAGGAGUGUGACAGGGAGGCCUGCCUGUCUUUCUCCAAGGACUCCCUUUGUUCCAGGGUCACUGUGGACCACAACUACUAUGCCGUGUGCCAGAACCUGCUGUCACGGUACGCUACAUGGCGGGGCACCACUGGAGGCCUCCUCCAUGACCCGCCCACCCACAUAGCCAAAGAUGGACAACUCGAGGCUCUGUUGGACGAGUGCACCAGACCUAAAAAGCGCUACGGUCGCUUCCAAGCGGCCAAAGAACUGCGUGAAUACCUCACACAGCUAGCUGCCGCUUCCUCCUCUGCCACGGCCAGGUAAUGAAUGGAGUCGGCGUUAGCCUGACGCACUGAGAGACUGCAAUCUGUACUCUUUAUCUCUGGACUCUAGAGAUCCUGGUUCUUGUACAUGAUGUCAUUUGUUCCCCUUUGUGCGCUGGAGCAGGAAGGUGUUAGGUCUUGCAUCAGGAAAUGUAAGAAUCAAACUUCAAAGCAGAUUUGUUAAAGCUCUAGCUUUUACCCGACUUUGCUCCCGUGUGAAAGAGGAGUGUGGCGCUACAAAAUUCUGGUUAGGACCAGGAUAGAGAAGGGGAUAGAGGAAACCUCUCCCCUCCCAUGGUGGGCUGCCAUCUCUGGGGGGAGAUAAGAAAGGGCUCUGGUAAACGCAUCCUUCACUGGACCCAGGCUAACGCAAACCAGAGCGUCCAAGUAACAGCAGCAGCAACGUCACGCAGCCCUGACCACAUCCAUCCUCCUGUUCUCACCUCAAUCCAUCAGAUCUGUUGUGUUUUAUGACAUUGAAACUUAACAGCUGUUUCAUUUUGCCCCCCCCCCCCCCCCCCCCCCCCCC